AUGGGUCGUGCAAGAAUAACCUUGAAACGGAUCCCAAAGGAGAGAACUCGCAAGCUAACUUUCAAGCAGAGAAGCAAAGGACUAAUGAAGAAAAUCGCUGAAUUUUCAACCAUGUGUGGAGCUGAAGCUUGCUUCAUUGUGUAUGAUGGUAAUGGUAAUGUUGAACCAAUGACUUGGCCUGAAGACUCCAGAGUAGUACAUUCCAUCAUUGAAAAGUAUGAGAAUCAAAAGAAUGAGAGACCUCCUAAGACCUUCAAUAUUGAAGACUUUUUUGAGAAUAGAAAGAACAUGGUUGAAGCUGAAAUUUCUAGGGUGCAAAAAGAGAUCUCUAAGAUCAAGUAUCCAACUUGGGAUAAAAGUUAUAGUAAGCUGGGUGAGGAGCAAUUAAAGGCCUUCAUUGCUAUGUUGGAUGCUAAGAUUGGAGCAUGUGAUCAUAGAAUUAACAUGUUCAAAAAUAUGCAUCAAAGUGAAGCCAACUUCAAUUUCAUUCAAAAUAUGGUUCAUGAGGGUGCUACCUCCUCCCAUGCAAGCCAACUCAAUUUCAUGCAAAAUGUCUCUCAAAGCCAACGCAUCCCUAUUCCUUUGAGUCAAAUCAAUGAUAAUAAUGGGAUGGCAAAUUUUACUAAUUCAACAAAUCAGGUUGAUGAGGCUUACUUUCAUAGAACUAACAUGUUGGCAAACUUGCAACAGGGUGACGCUUAUUUUAAUUUCAUGCCAAACAUGGCUCAAGUAAGUGGUGCCCCCUCACAUGGAAGCCAGCUCAAUUUCAUGCAGAACAUCUCUGAGACCCAACACAACUUUGAAAGUUUGAGGCCACAAGAUGAUAAUAAUGGGAUGGUAAAUUUUACCAAUCCAGUUGACAUGCCUCAAGAUUCAACUAAUCAACUCGGUGAGUCUAAUACAAACUUUGCUAAUCAUUUGGGAGAAUUUGAGCGUUGGGUUGAUGAACCUACUGAGAUUGAGGAGUGGAUUAAUCAACUAGGUGGUGAUCUUGUGGACACAGUGAGUCAACUUGAUGAAUCUGUUUUGCAGAAUACUCGUGUUCAAUCACAAAAUGACCGUAAUUGA